CCUCAAUUGCCGCACUCGUUCUUGUGCUAUUUGAUCACUGUAGCUGCCAUUGGCCCUGAUCGCGUUUCUCCGCACCCGCCAUGCCAGGCAUGUUUGACAAACUGCGCUCCGCGCGUGCCGCCAGUGCGCCGGCGGGCGCAGGCGGGGCCACUGCAGCAGCUGGCGGGGCCAAGAAGCGUUUGUCGGAGUUGACGUCCGCGGAGCCCGCGCGCAAGGCGGCUGCCCCGCGGCGCCCAGACAGCGCCCCGGCAUCGCUGUGCAUCUUCCCCUACGGCACCAACGCGGCUUCCCACAUGGACUCCUGGGCCGCAGGGCAGCGAGUCUUCCAGGUGCAGGUGGUGCACGAUGCGUAUCCGUCUCUCGUGACCGACAUAGUUCCCGCAAUGAACGCGUUCCUGUCGCAGGCGAGCACUUCGGAGGAGGAUCCGAAGACGAUCCAGGAUCUCACCACCAAGUGCGGAGUACGCAUGCAGAUCACGCGCCCCAGCUCGGUCUCCGUCGCGCCGAUUGUCUCUUGGCGCGUCGGCUUCUAUAUCCCAGGCGGCGCGCAGCAGCUCUCGGCGCUCGUGGACAUGUUGUUGGACUACUUCGAGUUCCGCGUGAACGGCGGCUACACAGGGAAGGAAAAGAAACCGUUCCCACACGCCCACGAGCAGAGCGUCAAGGUCUUCCGCUCCGACGGCGUGCCUCCGCUGCAAAUCGACUGCAAAGCUCACAACCUGGCGGUCGAAGUCGCAGACGGCGUCGAGGGCUCGCCAGCGAAGUCGGCCUUCGAGAUGAGCGGGCCGCUCGGGGACAAGUGGCUCGUUCUCGACGUGGAAGUCGUCGAUGAGACACACGUCUCGCUCGGCUGGACUGGGCGCACGUGGGGGCUGCGGCAGGCAUUCGAGGACGCAGGCAUCCCGCUCUGCGAGGAUGGCGACGGGGGAUUCGUACGCGUGGUGACGGGGGAGAUGGGCAAGGUGGAGUCCGAAGAGGACUGCGAGGGCAUCCUCAAGAUCAUCACGGAGGACUUGUCCAGCUUCCCCUGCCUGGUGCGCGCCGAAGACGCCCCCGUUGAGGGUGACAAGGACUACUCCGCAGUGGCCGCAUUCCUGAAGAAGCUCCGCGAGUUGCCGCACAUUCUUCUUGUGAAGGACAGCGCGCGGUCGGCCUGAGCGAAUUGCGGCGAUGGGAAGAAGUGUCGGCUAGUGUAGAGCCCACACAUAGAUGUACAUCUCGUCACUGUCAUUUCGGCUGGCCGCACCGCCGAGCGCGUGGUGGGGAACCAUAGCGCGCUCCGCACUCGACUGCGGAUUUGCUUCGCGAUGGCAUGGUUCAGGUGCGCAUUCGACGUGGA